UUGGUUGACCGCCGGCCCGAGAGUCUCAUUUUUCCCGCAAAUUUGGACUCUUAUAAAACCCAAACGUGAACCACAAUCCAAUCCACCAAACUCUUUCCCUCUCUCCUUUUCUCUCUCUCCGUCUCUCUCUCUGUGAGAUCCUGUGUUGUGUUUGUUAGUUAACGAGUCUAUUCUCGCUUCUUGGCGAUUUCUUGGAGGAUUUUGGAAUUUUCGGAAGAUCGGCCGGCGAAACGACGUCGUGGAGGGGGAUCGCGAUGGUGGAGGAAGAAGGAACGGCGAGGCGGCUCUGGAUCAAGUUCCGAAAUGACUCCGUUUUCGUCCUCUACACGCCCUUCUUCGUGUGUCUGGCCUCCGGCCACCUCCACUCUCAGUCCUUUUGCCGUUGCGUCUCUCAGGACGUCUAUUUCCUCAAGGCCUUUGCUCAGGCGUACCAAAUGGCGGAGGACUGCGCAGACGAUGAUGAUGACAAGAGCGCAAUACGCGACUUGAGGAAACGCGUGGUGCACAGGCUUAAGGCGCACGAUACUCUCGUCCGAGAAUGGGGCUUUGAACUCCCAGAUGAGAGCAUUUUCGACAAUGCAAGAGUAAAAUACAUAGAGUUCUUAUUGGCUGCAGCCUCAGGAAGAGUCGAAGGAGAAACAGUUCCUGGUAAAAUUGCAACUCCUUUUGAGAUGACAAAAGUUGCUUCUUAUACUCUUGGUGCUAUGGCACCUUGUAUGAGGCUCUAUUCCUUUAUAAGUAGGGAGAUCCAGGCUCUUAUACAUCCAGAUGAUAGCAGUCACAUUUACAAGAAAUGGAUUGAAAGUUAUUCUUCUCAAACUUUUGAGGCAUUUGCUUUGCAAAUUGAAGACAUGCUGGAUAAACUUAGCAUUUCUUUGACAGGCGAAGAGCUUGAAGUCAUAGAAAAGCUUUAUCAUCAAGCUCUUAAACUUGAAGUAGAUUUUUUCGCUACUCAACCAAUUAGUCAGCAGACCAUAGUCCCUUUGGCUCGUGUGCAUGACCCUGCAGAACAUCGUCUUAACAUAUUUUGUGACUUUGACUUAACAUGCACUGCUUUUGAUUCCGCUGCUGUAUUAGCAGAGAUUGCAAUUAUAACAGCACCACCAAAGGCUAUAGUAGCAGAGAUUGCAAUUAUAACACCACCACCAAAGGCUGAUUCUGAUGAAUCUGAAACCCAACUUGUUCGAAUGUCAUCAGCUGACUUGAGGAGCACAUGGGGUGCUCUUUCCACCCAGUAUACUGAAGAGUAUGAACAAUGCAUAGAAAGCAUGAUGGAUGGCACAAAAGCGGAAAAUUUUGAUUAUGAAGGUCUGCAUAAAGCCCUUGAACAAGUUGCAGAUUUUGAGAAAAGAGCAAAUACAAGAGUGAUUAACUCAGGAGUACUUAAAGGUUUAAAUCUAGACGAUCUAAAGCGGGCUGGCCAGAGUCUCAUUCUUCAAGAAGGUUGUAGAGAGUUCUUUCAGAAGGUUGUGAAUAAUGAUACUCUGAAGACUGAAGUUCAUGUUCUCUCAUACUGUUGGUGCGGUGAUCUCAUUAGGUCAGCCUUUUCAUCAGGAGAUCUAGAUGAGCUAAAUGUCCAUUCAAACGAGCUUAGUUUUGAAGAAUCUGUCUCUACAGGUGACAUUGCUAUGAAAAUUGAGUCUCCCCUGGAUAAGCUUCAAGCCUACAGUGACAUUCUAAAUGAUUCCAACAGCGAAGGGAAGCGCUUGACAGUUUACAUCGGUGGCGAUGUGGGGGACUUCCUUUGCCUGCUUCAAGCAGAUGUGGGCAUUGUAAUUGGCUCAAGUUCAAGCCUAAGGAGACUUGGGGAACACUUUGGCGUUUCUUUUGUCCCAUUGUUCUCUGGUUUGGUGAAGAAACAGAGAGAAUUGGUUGAAGAUGGCUCCUGUAUUUGGAAAGGGCUAUCUGGCAUUCUUUAUACAGUCUCAAGUUGGGCUGAGAUACACGCAUUCCUUUUGGGCUCAGACAUAGAGCAAGUUGGGCUGAGAUAAAAACCUCUCUUUCGUGUCUUGUUAUUGUUAGAAAAAUCCCCAAGUGAAUUCAUUACACCGUAGGACAUACAUAGAGUAGAAAUGGUGGCUACUUUUAUCCAAGGACCACAGGUCGGCCCUUAAGUCUUUUUUUCUUCAGGGGCUACCACCCAGAAAUAUACAGAAGCUUUCCUAGAGUCAAAAAAAAAAAAAUUUAAAAAAAAAUUAUAGGUAUAAAUAGAGUCAGAUUACUCAUAAGAAUCUCUCUUUUUUUGUUCAUUCAUCUCCUGUAUUCACCUUCAUUGUUGUAUGUGACUUUCGAAGUUUC